GAAGCUAGAGUAAAAUUUGUUUGACAGGGAGCAAGUGAGAUGAGGGGGCGGUGGUGGAAGAGAUAAGGCUGUGCAUGACCCGAAAUUGGACUUUCCUUUUACUCAUCGGUUUCAUUUGAAUGCGACCGGUUCAGUGAAGAAACGCGCAUGCGACGAAUCGUUUAGAAGAGGCACAGCAACAGGGCAUAGUACAAGAUGCCGCUGAAACGAGCCACCCCACGCACGGGGAAGCAAGAGUAGCCCCGCACACCGCAACGCGGAAAACACUUAGAAAGGAGAAUGCGAAUGGUUAGGGGAGAACGACUGCCAAGAAAAUGGAAACAAUGUAACCUUGCGACAUCCCACGUAGAUAGGACGAAUUGGAUGGAAAAUAGAUAGCAAGCUAAUCCGCCGUCAUUCAUGUAAAGUUACUCAUCAUCGGUUAAAGCUCGUGUGUUUAGUUGGCUGAAACAUAAGGAACUGCAAUUUUCCCCACUGUCUUCUCAAACCAAAGAAGACGAAAACCUGCAAUAUGUUACGAAGAGGACUGAACCGAUUGUGUGGAGGGGACGAGAAGAGGGUGGACAGCAGGACCAUCUAUGUGGGGCACCGGCCGUGUCCGCCCACCGAGGCCUUUAUCCCCCCCAAAUUCUGUGACAACAGGAUUGUGUCUUCCAAGUACACAGUAUGGAACUUUCUGCCAAAGAACUUGUUCGAGCAGUUCAGGAGAAUUGCCAAUUUCUACUUCCUCAUCAUCUUCCUGGUCCAGGUGAUCGUGGACACCCCCACCAGCCCAGUCACGAGUGGCUUACCUUUGUUUUUUGUGAUCACAGUGACGGCCAUCAAACAGGGCUAUGAGGACUGGCUGCGGCACAAGGCGGACAAGGAGGUGAACAAGUACCCAGCGAUAAGGCUGGAGAAUGGGCAACGAGCACGCACAUAUAGUGAGAACAUCAAGGUGGGUGAUGUGGUGGAGGUGGUGGAAGACGAGACCUUUCCCUGUGACCUGAUUCUGCUGCAGUCCAGUCGGGACGACGGUACCUGCUUCGUCACUACAGCCAGCCUGGAUGGGGAGUCCAACCACAAGACACACUACACAGUGCCAGACAUGGAGAAGGACCUGGAGUCUCUCAGCGCCACCAUCGAGUGUGAACAGCCGCAGCCUGACCUCUACAAAUUCGUUGGUCGAAUGCAUAUCUACAAACAUGACCAGGAGACAUUUGUAAGGUCACUGGGCCCAGAGAACCUGCUCCUGAAAGGCGCCACAUUAAAGAACACCAAGAAGAUUUAUGCUGUAGCUCUGUACACCGGCAUGGAGACCAAGAUGGCACUGAACUACCAGGGCAAGUCCCAGAAGCGCUCCGCUGUGGAGAAGUCCAUCAAUGGCUUCCUGCUGGUGUACCUUUCCAUCCUGGUCAGCAAGGCGCUAGUCUGCACCAGUCUCAAGUACUGGUGGCAGAGUCGGGAGGGGCAGGACGAGCCCUGGUACAACCAGAAGACUCAGAAAGAGAGGGACACCUACAAGUUCCUCAAGAUGUUUACAGACUUCCUGUCCUUCAUGGUGCUGUUCAACUUCAUCAUCCCCGUGUCCAUGUACGUCACCGUGGAGAUGCAGAAGUUCUUGGGCUCAUUCUUCAUCACCUGGGAUAAGGACUUCUUCGACCCCGAGAUCGAGGAGGGGGCACUGGUCAACACCUCCGACCUCAACGAAGAGCUGGGCCAGGUGGAGUACGUGUUCACGGACAAGACCGGCACGCUGACCCAGAACAACAUGGAGUUCAUCGAGUGCUGCAUCGACGGCUUCCAGUACAAGAACCGGGACUCGUGCUCCGAGCUGGACGGCUUCUGCGUCACCGAUGGGCCCAUCAGCAAGCUGCAGGAGAAGGCUGGACGGGAGAAGGAGGAGCUGUUCCUGCGGGCGCUGUGCCUGUGCCACACGGUGCAGGUCAAGGAGCCGGGACCAGACGAGCGGACGGAGUUGGACCAGGUCGACCAGGUGGACGGGCUGGACCAGGUGGACGGGCUGCACCGGCCACUGGCCCAGGCCCAGGAGGAGAGGGGGUUCAUCGCCUCCUCCCCCGACGAGGUGGCCCUGGUCAAGGGAGCCAUGAAGUACGGCUUUACCUUCCUCGGUCUAGAGAGCAAGACCAUGAAGAUCAAGAACAGACAGAAUGAUAUUGAAUCGUACGAUUUGCUGCAUGUGCUGAACUUUGACCCCGUGCGAAGGCGCAUGAGUGUGAUCGUUCGAAGCAGAACAGGGGAGACGAUGCUCUUUUGUAAGGGUGCGGACUCCUCCAUCUUCCCCCGAGUGAAGCAGGAGGAGGUGGACCGUAUCCGCACGCAUGUGGAGCGCAAUGCCACGGAGGGAUACCGGACGUUGUGUGUGGCCUACAAGCGGUUGAGUCCAGAGGAGUUUGCGGAGGCAGAGGAGCGGCUGCAGGAGGCUCGCCUGGCUCUGCAGGACCGCGACGAGAAGCUCACCGCCGUCUACAACCAGGUGGAGACAGACAUGAGCCUCAUCGGAGCUACCGCUGUAGAGGACAGGUUGCAGGAGGAGGCGGCUGAGACCAUGGAGGCCCUGCAGGGCGCCGGCAUGAAGGUGUGGGUGCUGACCGGCGACAAGAUGGAGACGGCCAAGUCCACCUGCUACGCCUGCCGCCUCUUCCAGCGCGGCACCGAGCUGCUGGAGCUGACGGUGCGCACCCUGGAGGGCGGGCGGCGGCGUGAGGAGCGGCUGUACGAGCUGCUGCAGGACUACCACAAGAAAGCCGUGCAGGACGCACCGCCCGCCAAGCCUGGAGUCACCAGGAGUUGGGCCACAGCACAACAGGAAUAUGGCUUCAUCAUUGACGGAGCGACGCUGUCCCUGGUGCUGAACCCAGCCGAUGCCAACUCCAGCCGCUACAAGAGCCUCUUCCUGCAGAUCUGCCAGAACUGCUGCGCCGUGCUCUGCUGCCGCAUGGCUCCACUGCAGAAAGCGCAGAUUGUAAGAAUGGUGAAGAACUGCAAAGGCUCCCCGAUCACCCUGUCCAUUGGUGAUGGGGCCAAUGAUGUCAGUAUGAUCCUGGAGGCGCAUGUGGGCAUUGGUAUAAAGGGGAAAGAGGGUCGUCAGGCGGUGCGGAACAGCGACUAUGCCCUCCCUAAACUCAAGCACUUAAAGAAGCUCCUGCUGGCCCACGGGCAUCUAUACUACGUGCGCAUCGCCCACCUCGUCCAGUACUUCUUCUACAAGAACCUUUGCUUCAUUUUACCUCAGUUCUUGUACCAGUUCUUCUGUGGCUACUCCCAGCAGCCCCUGUACGACGCAGCCUAUCUGACGAUGUACAACAUCUGCUUCACCUCCAUGCCCAUCCUGGCCUACAGCCUCCUGGAGCAGCACAUCUGCAUCGAGGUCUUGAUGGACAACGCCAUCCUCUACAGGGACAUUGCCAAGAACGCCAACCUACGUUGGGGCCCUUUCCUGUACUGGACCGUACUGGGGGUCUUCCAGGGCCUCAUGUUCUUUUUCGGGGUCCGUUUCCUCUUCAGCAACCCAGCCCUGCAGGACAACGGCCAGGUGUUUGGGAACUGGUCCUAUGGGACCACUGUGUUUACCAUCCUUGUGUUCACAGUCACGCUCAAGCUGGCUCUGGACACACGGCACUGGACAUGGAUCAACCACUUCGUCAUCUGGGGCUCGUUAUGCUUCUACGUGUUCUUCAGCUUCUUCUGGGGCGGCAUCAUAUGGCCCUUCCUGCGGCAGCAGCGGCUCUAUUUUGUGUUUGCUAACAUGCUGAGUUCGGUGUCAGCCUGGCUGACCAUCAUCCUCCUCAUUCUGCUCAGCCUGCUGCCCGACAUCCUGCUGAUGGUCUUCCGCAAGCCUAAGACCCACGUGCGACAGAAGAAGCCGAGGCUGACGAGCGCAGGGGCCCCCAAGUCUCCCCGGGCCUCAGCCAGACCCCUGCUCAUGAGAACCUUUUCAGACGAGUCCAAUACUGUCUGUUGACCAGCUGACUGAGGACACGCUCAUCCACAGGCCAGAAAGUUGCAGCAGUCACACCGUUAUCCUAUAAGCAUCUGAAGGAGCGGGACUGAAAGGGGGUUUUUCCACAGGACCCCUGCCCACUCUCCUGCCUGAUCCAAAAAAGGCAAAAGAAAAACCAGGAAAUGAAACAGAGGAUAAAGAAAUACAAACGAAAAAAUUAAAAAAAAUGGACAAAGCAAAACAGCAGGCUUACAGCCUCCACUGUGCUAUCUUUCCCUCUCCCUGUGUUUGUCUCGUUCCUCAGCAUGUCUCGCUCCAGAGCAUACUGUGUGCAGGGUCUCUCCGCACGUGGCUUUGGAUGUGUGUCAGUGUUUUUAUACAUAUUUUUACUGAACAUUUCACACCAAGGGGGGAAGCAUGACUUUGUUUUAGUUUUUGUUUUUGUUUGUGUCUUAUUCCCUUCGCUUCUCUUCCCCGCCAUACCGACCCUGCUGUUUCGCUUUCCUGCCCCUUCUCUGAAUGCCACACGCUGGAGGUGAGCGAGCUUCCAAGCUGGUCUCUGCAGCACUGCUGCCCCAGCGUGACCCCCACCCUGAGCCGUCCCCUCCCGUGAUCCGCACCCCUGUCCCGCAUGAAGGCGAGGGCACACCCUGCCCCCCCACCCCCCAACUCCUGCCCCCAUUAGAGGAAUACCACAUUCCAUCCUGUCCACCUGAGUGCUAGCUCAGUCUGGCGCUGAUUCAAGGCUUUUGUUUUUAGCUCUAUUAGCUUCGAGAAACCAGUUCUGUGUCAAUUCCACCAGUUCCCAGGUCCAAGAGCACCAACCUCUCUCAUAGCUUCGGCUUUGCGUGAAUCCCAGCAUUCUGGGUGUUUUUGUGUGUUUUGAGUUUCCCUGGCCAGAGAGGGCCACACGUAGAGCUCUGUGUGAAGAUGCUGCACCGAGGGCCUCGACCCUGUGGGUUCAAAAGCUGCCUUUCAACAACAUGCUGUGUCUUAAAGUGCACCGACCACUCACUCGGGAACAAGAAGAGUGUAGAGGCACAAGCUUAGGGUGCCACGUCCCCAUACUCCCAUUUCCCCAAUCAGAAUCGAGUGGGGGUGUGUGUGUGUGUGUGUGUGUGUUUGUGAAAGUGAAAUAAGUGCACAUGGCAUUUUGAGACUUUUUUUUUUUUUUUUUUCCUGUUCCUCCGGAAUUGUUUUAGUCUAGGCUUGAUUUGUUUCUAUUUUAUUGGGUGUUAAUAUUUAGACUACCACAAAAUGGUUUAAGAAUGAAAUUGUAUGACAGAUGUUCUAUUCAAAGACAAAGUGAUUAUUUAUAUAAGUAUAUUGUCGCUUAAAGCCAAAAAAUAUGUCGUCAGGGUAGAGGGCGGGGGUUCAGGUAUAAUGAAAAUUAGUGCAAGAGGCAAGUUCCUAUUAGAGAGAGAGAGAGUGUGUGUGUGUGUGUGUGUGUGUGAGAAUGUGUGAGACAUAGGCCGUGUACGCCCUCUAGUGUCUGAAAGAGGAUUUGAAGGCAGGAGUCCGCGCUGAAAGAAACUGUGUUUCACAUUGAGCCAUGACAUCAGGGUCGACCCUAUGAUGCUGUCAGUCCACCAGCCCUAGAAUUGAGUGAUCCCAGCACCGCAAUUGCACUUGCCCACUCACGCUUCACACCCCCCUCACUCAUUUGUGUAUCAUAUCAAAGGAACAUGUUUAUGGCGCACAUUAAAGAUAUAUAUAUAUAUACACACAUA